AUUCUCUGGUACAGUCAGAAAGGGAGGGGAAGGAGAGGGAAAGAAAAAGGAAGCUCUCCGAUACAUUUUUGCGAGUGUUUCUCACAAAUUUACACAAACCACAGGUAUGACUGGAGGCCUUUUGGGGAUUAACAUGCGGAAGAAAGAGAUCUAAAGGGAAGGACGGACACCGGUUUGACAGAAGUUUUGCACAGCAGAUGACAACAUCAAGUAUUUACACUUUUUAAGGCCUUGGGCCUCGAGUGAUUAUAAAGAGACCCUGGACAGAGAAAAACAGAGACAAUGUCCUCUGAACUGAACUCCAGUCUCACCAGUAUUGACUGGCUGCCUCAGCUGGGAAUCAGCAGCCUGCGCUCGGGGAAAGAGAGAGGAGGAGGAGGCGAGAAGGACAAGAGGAGAGACCGAGGGAGGGAGAGAGGAGACUUCCUGCCCUCUGUGCCGGACCCCUCCUCUUCUAACUAUAAAGGGAAACCCCCUCACAGCUAUGCCACUCUCAUCGCCAUGGCAAUAGCAGCUGCACCUGCCAGGAAGCUGAGUUUGAAUGACAUCUACACCUGGAUCAGUGACACGUUUCCCUACUACAGCCGAGCUGGCCGUGGAUGGAAAAACUCCAUUCGGCAUAAUCUGUCCCUCAAUAAAUGCUUCAGGAAAGUUCCUCGGCCACAGAGUGACCCCGGCAAGGGUUCCUAUUGGACGAUGGAUGGACCUGCUGAGGUGAGGGCACCUAAACGUCCCUAUCCAGAGGAAGAAGAGAGGCACGAUGUUCCUCAAGCACCACGGACACAAGCAGAGAGAGGAGCCUCUCCUCAUCAACCACAACCGCCCUCCCACAGAGACCAGCAGCCACUGGGAGCCAUCCAGCAGCAGCCGCCCCACUCUGCCUCCCUCUCUCCUCCCCCAUGCAAGCAACCGUCACCCUACAUGCCACACCACCCUGUCCAUCAUCCAUCUCCUCCUCCAGCUGCUGCCUCCAUUAAUUCCUUCCCACCUCGCCAUCCACCCGGCCCCACUUAUUCCAUCCCCGCUGCCUCUGCUUCACCUCUGUCUGCUGUCAAUAUGUCUUCUCCGGCUGCUCCCUCUUUCUCUGAUGCCACUCUGUCCUAUCCUGCUAAUUCAGUAUCUGUUCCCACUUUCUCCUGCGUUCCUAACUCAGCUCCCAUGUCUGUUUGCACUGUAUCAGGACCCACUUACUCCUCUGCAUGUGCUGUCCCUUCAUCUGUUGCUCCCCCUCCUCUUGUCUCAUUAAACUCCUAUACUGAUCCUGCGCUGCGUUUCACCUUCGAUGAGAUGAACCUACCAGACCUGUAUGCGUCUUUCAAGUCUUUUUUCAAAUCCAUGCGGGAGAGGGGAGGCUCACAGUCGGAUGGUGCUUUCCUGGCUGCUCUGAACAAUGACACUACCCCACUUCACACUCCGACUCUGCUACCAAUGUCCCCUUACUCUGCACCACCUCCACCACCUCUUCCACCUGCACAGGCUGCACCGGCUGCACCACCUGCACCGGCUGCACCAUCUGCACUGGCUGCACACCCUCCACAACACACGGUGCCAGCUGACUGGUUCAGUAACCCAGAUUCUCUGAAGGAGAGCUUCCGCAUUGCCAGCAAUCUAGACUGGGCAAACAUAGACCUCUCUGGUCACCCAGACCUGCUGGAGAGCAUGCGGCAGGCGGAGCUCUGCGACUGGGCCCUGGACCCGGCGCUCUUCACUUCCCUCUGUGACUCUCUGAACCGCUUCUUCACUCAGAAAGGCAUGAUCAACUCUGGCAAUAACUCCCCACUAGCCCUCGGGGCACAUCACCCUUUACAGGUGUCACCGUUCACCUCCAAUCCACCUCCCACCCUCGCCAGCCUCACUCACCCCUCACCCCUCCCUUAUUCUCCCAUAGUUCACCCCAUCAGCGGAGUGCAGCCGCCCCGGAGGGCUAUGCACAUGCAGGGACAGGGCUUUCAGAGACCACAGCUAACACAACCUGGAAACACAACCGUCUCAGCUGGGAUGCAUCCUCAGUCUAUGACACCACGACAGCGUCCUCCGUUAAAGAGUCUGCACAGCAACAGCGAGGAGAUCCAGGACGACUUUGACUGGGAUUCUCUUCUCGUUUGACCUUCGCCGUCUGUGUGGAGAAACGAUUAUAACAGAACUUUUCAGAGAAAUGUGACUCUUCACAGCUGUCUUCACUAAACUUUAUGUAAAGGCUGCCUCACUUGAAGCCUCUCAGAGAGCAAGUUUGGGAUCAAAUUUGUCAUAUAUGACUGAAUGCUGUAUUUCAAGGUUGAAAGUAAUUUUUUUUCACCUUUAUUCAAACUCAUAUACUGUAAUAACUAUUGUUUAGCUUUUCUUCUGCAGGUAAUUGGCAGGGUAUGUUUUAGAUUUAUAAACAAAAUAAAAUAAACUGUACAUUUAUUCUUGUAAUGUUAUUUUUCUCUGCAGCAGUAAAAAGAAGAAAAAAAAAAAGCAUAUAUGUGAAAUAGACAUUAACUACAGAGCAAGCAUGAAACAAGCCAAACACACAUCCUGUGUUUUUGUUUUAUUUCAUAAAUUCCUUUUGAUUUUUUUUUCCAUUUUACUUUUCAAAUGUGAAUGUUCACAGUCAUCACCACACAAAAUUCAACCUUACCCGAUAAAAGAGAUAUUUUUCUUGUUGAUAUAAAAUAACAAUAAAUUCAUCAAACUAAAUUAAAA